ACCCAGAGUGGUGGCACUGGGCCUGCUGGGGGGCACUGGGAGUGCAAGAGGGGAACACUGGGAACACCACUGGGGGGGGGUGGAAAGGGACACGGGUGGGGUGAGCUGGGUGGGUGCUGGGAUCAUCGGGGGGGGCGCUUGGAUGGCUCACGAGGGAGCCUGGGGAGGGAGGGCAGGACCACCGUGAGCCUGGGGACAACAGGGACACCCCCACCACGGGGCCACCGCACCACGGGGCCGGCCUGGGGACAGCAAGACCCCGUCCCCAUGCCCACAGCGGGGACAGCUGGGUGCCCCCCCCCUCACCCCACCGCCCUUCCCCGUGGCAGAAGCGCUGACGCUGGGAGCCAGGGGAUUGCUGAGCUCAGCCCGGGGCAGAUUUCGGGGGUUUUAUCCGGGGCCUGGCUUAAGCCGAGCUCCUUGUCCCCGUCCUUGGCCCACUUGGGGUGGCGGUGGCAGCGGCGGCGGCGGCGGCAGCAGUCGGGCGGUGGGCGAGCGCUGGAGGCGUCGGGGGGCUGGCGCACGCUGCCCGUCCUGGUGCUGACCUCCACCGAGCGGGCGAGCCGGCGGGCGGCGGAGGCGAGGAUGGGCGCCGGGGCCAGCGCCGAGGAGAAGCACUCGCGCGAGCUGGAGAAGAAGCUGAAGGAGGACGCUGAGAAGGAUGCCAGGACCGUCAAGCUGCUGCUGCUGGGGGCAGGGGAGUCGGGGAAAAGCACCAUUGUCAAGCAGAUGAAGAUUAUCCACCAGGACGGUUACUCGCUGGAGGAAUGCUUGGAGUUCAUCGCCAUCAUCUACAGCAACACGCUGCAGUCCAUGCUGGCCAUAGUGCGCGCCAUGAGCACCCUCAACAUCCAGUACGGAGACUCGGCCCGCCAGGAUGAUGCCCGCAAGCUGCUGCACCUCUCGGACACCAUCGAGGAGGGCACCAUGCCCAAGGAGAUGUCAGACAUCAUUGGGCGGCUCUGGAAGGACGCGGGCAUCCAAGCCUGCUUCGACCGUGCCUCCGAGUACCAGCUCAACGACUCGGCUGGAUACUACCUGUCGGACCUGGAGCGCCUGGUGACCCCCGGCUACGUCCCCACGGAGCAGGACGUGCUGCGCUCUCGUGUCAAAACCACCGGCAUCAUUGAGACCCAGUUCUCCUUCAAGGACCUCAACUUCAGGAUGUUCGACGUGGGCGGGCAGCGCUCGGAGCGCAAGAAGUGGAUCCACUGCUUCGAGGGGGUGACCUGCAUCAUCUUCAUCGCGGCCCUCAGCGCCUACGACAUGGUGCUGGUGGAGGACGACGAAGUGAACCGCAUGCACGAGAGCCUGCACCUCUUCAACAGCAUCUGCAACCACCGCUACUUCGCCACCACCUCCAUCGUCCUUUUCCUGAACAAGAAGGACGUCUUCCUGGAGAAGAUCAAGAAGGCCCACCUCAGCAUCUGCUUCCCCGACUAUGACGGUCCCAACACCUACGAGGACGCCGGCAACUACAUCAAGCUGCAGUUCCUGGAGCUGAACAUGCGGCGGGACGUGAAGGAGAUCUACUCGCACAUGACCUGCGCCACCGAUACCGAGAACGUCAAGUUCGUCUUCGACGCCGUCACCGACAUCAUCAUCAAGGAGAACCUCAAGGAUUGCGGGCUCUUCUGAGCCCCGGCCCCCACCAACCCCCUCCCACCCCCCUCCCACACCCCGCUGGUGCCCCUAACCCCCCCCUGCCACCGCCCCUGCUUGUCCCCAGAUGCCGGCGAUGUGACCUGCGCAGCUCCAGAGCCCCCCCGGGCAUUUGGCCACAGCCCUGUCCCCUCCCCGAGGUCACCCCCCCGGCUGUGAGCACCGUGGGUGACACUGGGGGCUUGGGUAGCACCUCCCCAGCAAAGGGGGAGCCAGCACUGCUGGGGGAACCCCAAAAACAUGGGGACAACCUGGGGGGGCUCCCAGUCCAUAGUUCCCACCCCCAGGAGUCCCCUCCUGCAUCUCCGCUCCCCCCUUCAGCCCCCCGAGUCCCUCCCCAGGGAGGAGGAAAGCAGCCACAGAGGGAGGGGGGGGGGCACAUUUUUUUUUUUUCUUUCUACAUUUUAUUAUUUCAAACCACGUGAACAAUUCGGUAAAACAUCCCGUGGGAAAAGCAGGGCCUGGCUCCUGGGGGGGGGAAAAGGGGGGGGAAAACGGGGGACAGAGCUGGGGAGGGGAAGAGGGGGGGGG